CGAAGGGAACAGGGAAACGGAGAAGCUGUUGGAGGAGCUCGACAUGUCGCCAGAGGGGGUCUUCAAGAGGCAAAUGAAGCAGCAGGGUAUAGGGUUUUAGAAUGUCUCGCUGGUUGUCACUCCUGCGGCAAAGGCGCCAGUGGGUGCGCGCAUUUUCCAGCGAGAGCAGCGGCAGCAGCAGCGUCUCUAGGCAUGCUCAGGUGCUCCCGGUGUGGCCGGUUGGAACGGAGACGAGAUUCUCACAGAUGAUGUAUGUCGGAGAAGCGGGUAAGAGCAUUGAUUCUUACAAGAGCGAGGACGUCUCGGACUUCUGCGUGAUGCUGCUGUCCAAGCCUGAUAUCUUUCAGGGCCUCAAAGAGUGGGUUCGUGAGGGUAACACCUUCUCAAGCUCCUUGUUGUCCAAAGUCUACUAUCGAUUGGCGAAGAGGAAGUGCUACAAAGAGAUUCUACAGCUGCUGAGGGGUAUCAGGGAGGAAAACAUGGUCCAGACUACACAGACACACUACAUUUGGGAGAUGGCUAUAACUUGUCGGCAGCAAUCUACGUACGCAGCAGAGAUCUUUUACAACGAUAUUAUUCCAGCCCGUUUCAGAUCCGAGGAAGUAACAGCAGCGCUAAUCUUCAGCCUCGCAAAGAGAAACGCGCUCGCCAAGUCCGAGAAGUGGAUCGAACAGAUGACUGUGCUGUCUACAGAUCUCCUUAACAUGCUCAUGGCGUUGUAUUUGGACCGGGACAAGCACGACAAGGUUCUGGAAACGUACGAAAGAAUGUCCAAGCUGGGGCUGGAGCCGAGUAUCAACACUUACUUGAUGCUGCUCACUUACAAGGACAAGGCCGGUGGUGGCCUGGAAGGAAUCGAGAGAGAAGCAGAGGAAGCUGUAAAAAAGAUCGAUCUCGAUGCAGCGCUGAGAAAAACUCUGCAGGAGACAAUGGAAGUUUGCGGCUAUCUCGGGAAAGCAGCCAGUGUGGAAGAUAUCUGGAGCAGGCUGAAGAGCUUGAGCGGCACACAGGCUUGCGAUCAGUCGAGCUACCUCAGCGCCAUGGCAGCCUUCGGGCGUGUCAAGAACGUAGAAAGAGCCGAGCAGGUCUUCGAGGAGCUGCUCACGCAGGAUUUGAGCAAAAGUCUAGCGAAUCCACACGCUGUCAUGGUCGAAGUUUACGUGAGCAACGGGCUCAUGGCCAAAGCGGAGCACGUCCUGAGGCACAGGUUGAACGAGGCGGUGUUUUCUCCAUACAACAGCCUGGUGAGAGGUUACAUUGCGAGCGGCGACACCGAGUUGGCGCUGGCGAGGCUCAAAGAAGGCGUCGCGGCGAUCCCCGCGAGACACAUCCGUCCGGCUUACAAGACGAUGAUGGCGCUGCUGCCCGUGUUUGCUGCUCGGAGGGACAUCGAUGGCGCCGAGAGGAUCAUGUUCCACUACCGUUUCAUCGGCGACGCCACCGUCUACAACGAGCUGCUCAAGGUGUACGUGGCUUGCAACGUGUUUCCGCUCGACUUCCGCAACAGGAUGAAAGGGAGCGACGUCGAAGGCGACGAGACGACGGAGGAGCUGUUUGAGAUGCUCGACUCUUCCCCGUCCGCGGUUGUCAAAGAGCAGAGGAGAAGGCUCUACUCGGCGAACUGCAAGCAGAAGAUACCAUGGUAAACUUCAUACUCUCAGAAUGGAAGAAAUUCGUUUCUUCACCUGAAAAGAUACCAUGGUAAACUCAGAAUGGAAGAACCAACUUGUCUCACCUGGACACGACGAGGUUCUCUGAAGUUUCUAGUGCGACCAGUGUCAAGAAUAAUGUUACAAGAGCGUUGCUUCCGCGGCUUUCAUCGUC